AUGGACGCCGACGAGCAGGAUGCCACCCCGUUUCGCCAUCUGCCACUGGCAGCGUCGCCAUCUCGCGCCUCAUUCUCGUCAUCCGAGGCCAGCGAGCGGUUCAGCAACCUGUACGGCCAGGGCAGGCUGCAGCAGGGCGCGCUGCUCGUGGCCGUGCUCGCGUUGGUCGCGAUGCGGGCGCACGGGGUCGCCUUCAGGAUCGCCACGCACCCGUUGCAACACUGGUGCAAGCCGCCGGCCGUCUUCUCCAACCUCUCGGUGGCAGACUGGAAGAAGGUGGGCGUGCCCAUAGAGACAGAUGGCACAUGGAGCCGCUGUACCGUGUUCGACGUGCCCGACGACCCCGAGAGGCGGAAGCCGGUGCGUUGCCGAGACUGGGACUACGAAGACCAUGGCGUCUCGUCCAUUGUGCGUCGCUGGAACCUGGUGUGCCACAGGCACUGGUUGGUCUCCAUGGCCGGAACCGUGGACACGCUGGGUGCCUUCGUGGCGCCCCCUCUCGCGGGACAGCUGGCCGACGUGGCCAACUGGCCGGCUCGUUCACGCUGGUUCACGUUGUCGACGCUGGUCGCCUCGGGUGGUUCGAGCAGCGCGUUUGCCGUCGCCUUCGUGCUCCUCUUCGAAGUGACCGCUUCCCACUACCAGACCCUGUUCGGCACGACGGCGAUCGUGUUCGGAGCCGUAAUCGCCAGCCUGUUGUCCCUCGCGUUGGACGGACUCCCGUUGCUGCCGGCGCAGCUGAUCGGGCCGGCGCCUGCCGGCUGCCUGCUUCUCGUGUGCGCGGCGACGCUCUCGGUGGAGUCCCCGCGCUGGCUGCUCGCCGUGUGGAAGGUCCAGGAGGCCCAGCUGCUAGUCCUGCGCGCCGCCGACUGGAACCGGCAGUCGCGUGAGGCGGCUCUGCAGGCGCUCGGCAAGGCCACCGAAUCCAUGAAGCUGCAGACAGUGGCGACUUGCGGCGCGGCCACGCUGCUUGACCUGGUCGCCUCGUACCCGCUGCGCCUGCGCGCCGCGAUCGUGCUCGGCAUAUCGUUCUCGCUGGUGCUCACGUGGCAGGCGUUGAGGCUCAACGUGGGCUAUCCGGAGCACAAGUUGUCCAGGAGACUCGGCCUCGUCCUGUUCUGGCCCGUCUGCUUCCUGACGUACCAGGGCAUGACCAGUGUGGGCAGGCUUCGAACGUUAUGCGUGCUCAUGUUACUCCUUGGGCUGGCCUGCUGCCUCCUUGGCGUGCUCCAAGCCGUCGAUCCCCGCGGAGUGGCCUCGACACUGCUGAUGCUGGCGAACAUAUGCGUCUCUAUCGCGCUCGUUGUCAACUUUCUGUGCGUGGCAGAGCUCUUCCCGACCGUGGUGCGGUCGCUAGCGUUCGGCGGUGCCAUCUCGGCGGGUCGCCUCGGAGCGUAUGUGGCGCCUGCGCUGGCUUCGUUCGCUCACCGCUACAGCAGGGAAGACUUAGUCCACGUCCUGCUCGGCGCGAUGGCAUUUGCGAGCUCGCUUUCGAUGAUGGGCCUCCAGGAAAGCUCCUCUUCCCGGCCUACCAACACUCUUAGGGACGUGGAAGUCCAGUCGCUCAGAAAGCUGCGCAGGUCUGCUAGGAUGAGUCGGGGACAGCACUCUUCGCCUAGACCAGCCAUGCGGUAG